AGGCGGGGCGGGGCCUCGGCAGGCUGCUGGCGCUCGGGGGGAGGCGGCAACAUUGUUUCAAGUUGGACAGAUUGUCAAGGGCUGUACUUACCUAGCGUUCCAUCCCGAGCCCGGGCCUCAGUGUCGACCUCCGCUCCCGGUCCUCGGCCCCCGAGCCUCGGGCCCGCUUUCUUCUGGGUUCCCAGGCCCGGUCCAGGGCCGGGCUGACCCGACUCUAGCGCUUCAUGGAGAACUUCCAAAAGGUAGAAAAGAUCGGAGAGGGCACGUACGGAGUUGUGUACAAGGCCAAAAACAAGUUGACCGGAGAAGUAGUGGCGCUAAAGAAAAUCCGGCUAGACACUGAGACUGAAGGUGUACCCAGUACUGCCAUCCGAGAGAUCUCUCUGCUUAAGGAGCUUAAUCACCCAAACAUUGUCAAGCUGCUGGAUGUCAUCCACACAGAAAAUAAGCUGUACCUGGUUUUUGAAUUUCUGCACCAGGAUCUCAAGAAAUUUAUGGAUGCUUCUGCUCUCACAGGCAUCCCUCUUCCCCUCAUCAAGAGUUAUCUGUUCCAGCUGCUCCAGGGCUUAGCAUUCUGCCAUUCUCACCGUGUCCUGCACCGAGACCUUAAGCCCCAGAAUCUGCUUAUCAAUGCAGAGGGGUCUAUCAAGCUGGCAGACUUCGGACUAGCCAGAGCCUUUGGAGUACCUGUUCGUACUUAUACCCAUGAGGUGGUGACCCUGUGGUACCGAGCACCUGAAAUCCUUCUGGGCUGCAAGUACUAUUCCACAGCCGUGGAUAUCUGGAGCCUGGGCUGCAUCUUUGCUGAAAUGCACCUAGUGUGUACCCAGCACCAUGCUAAGUGCUGUGGGGAACACAGAAGAAAUGGAAGACACAGUCUCUGCCCGCUGUGCUCCUAUCUAGAAGUGGCUGCAUCACAAGGAGGGGGGAUGACCGCAGUGUCUACCCCAUACCCCGUGACCCGCCGGGCCUUAUUCCCUGGAGAUUCUGAGAUUGACCAACUCUUCCGGAUCUUUCGGACUCUGGGAACCCCAGAUGAGGUGGUUUGGCCAGGAGUUACUUCUAUGCCUGACUAUAAACCGAGUUUCCCCAAGUGGGCCCGGCAAGAUUUUAGCAAAGUUGUGCCUCCCCUGGAUGAAGAUGGCCGGAGCUUGUUAUCGCAAAUGCUACAUUAUGACCCCAACAAGCGGAUUUCAGCAAAAGCAGCUUUGGCUCACCCUUUCUUCCAGGAUGUGACCAAGCCAGUACCCCACCUUCGACUUUAAUGUCCUUCCUAAAGCCCUCACCCUCAGUCUUGCCUUCUCUAGUGUGGACUUAAUCUGACUUGACUCUGGGCUACAAGGACUCGGGUCAGCCCUCUGCUCUUUUCUGGCGGCCUUAGCACUGGCUUCUUCUCUUGGCCAGCCAGCUCUGGGGAUUCACAGUUCCAGGGAGAGACUAGGAGAAAAUGAAAGGAAGCUUUGGUAUUAGAUGCACUUAACUCAGUUUCCACCACCUUCUCUCCCUCUUAUUAGUCAUUACUGAGGAGGGCUGGUAUUCAAAACAAAACUGACUAUCCCCCAUCCCCCAACUCCUGCCCCCAUGUCAAGUUUGCCAUCCCAAUCUUGGCCUGGGUCAUAACAGACCCCAGACCUCCUACUGCCAUCAUUUUUGUAAAGGCCAACUGAUAGUGGGGUCAUCUAAGUUGGAACAUUUCAGAACCAAGCAAAACCAAGCUAUGGGGAAGGGGCCUGUUUUAAUGAAUUAGUUUGAAAAAUAGAUCCAAGCAGUUCUUACUCUAGUUUUAGUGUUUCGCCUCACCUAACAGGCUAGGAGACUCAGGUAGAGGCCUGGUGGGGGAAGCAGAUGUGACUCCCCACUGCACCCUGUCUACCUCGGUAGGCAGGAGGAGUCUGGGAGGUACAGGACACAGGGAUUAUGCUAUAUUCUGAUCUGUUGCUUACCAUGACUUUAUGAGGCAGGAGAAAGACAUUUGAAUUUUCUUUUGUAUUUAGGAAUUUUCUUUUUCCAGUGCUGGGGACUGAACCCAGGACCUUGCUUUCAUGAGGUAAAUGCUCUGCCACUGUGCUAAAUCUCUGUAUUUUAGGAAUUUAGUUUUUGGGUUUCCAGAGAUCCCUGUUCCUGACUUCUUCCAAGAGUUACCUCUCACCCCUAAGAGUGGAAGCGAGGGUUUAGAUGUCAUUUUUGAGAAUACACUUUUUUAAGGCUGUGACCUGGUCAGAGCAUUGGGGACAUUUUUUUCUAUAACAGAGUGAACAAUUGUAUUUAUACUUCAGGUUAUUGUAGGGGUUUUUUUCCCCAGUGUGGAUGGAUUUGUUACCAUGUGCACCUUGGGGUUUUGUAAUUGUUUAAAAAUAUUUCUUUUUAUGAUUUUCUUUCUCUUCCCACCUCUUGUCCUCCAGUGUUCUAUUAACAUUAUUUGUAAUUUAGUUUGUAAUUCAUUAAAAGAAAAUGUUCUCAGUUGUA